AUGAUGACUGAUAUGCAAAUAAAAAUAAAAAUUCAAUUUUACUUGCUUUGCCCAUUUUUAGAUAACAUCAAGAGCACUUGUACAAGCAUAUACCCAUCGGAUAGAGCAGAGCUAGGGGUAAAGAAGGGGCUACUGUUCCAGGUAAACGAGAUUCUCAAUGCUGUUGUUGUUCGGAUAUUCGAUGAAGCAGUCAAGAAAGCGGAGGAAGUUGACAGAGAGAUAGCAAACAUGAACGAUAAGCAACUCGCAGAGUACGCGAAAUCCAGGCCACUUCUGGGCGUUCCGUUCACGGUAAAAGAUACCGUCAAAGUAGAAGGGCAGAUUAUCACCUGUGGUGUGUACUCUCAGAGAGAUAAAAGGUGUACGAGGUCUGCCGAAGUUAUCAAGAGGUAAGA